CUUCCGGCCACUCUCCCGGUCGAAGUCUGUCUGCCGCGCAGCGAGGAGGCGCGACCCGCGAGGACUUACCCUGUGUGAACCGCCGGGAAGCUCCUCGAGUUGAACACCUUCGUCCGAUUAAACUCCUGGUCGUUUGAAUGGAAGCGGACGGCUUCUUGUCUCGGCGAACGUCCGUGGAAACACCGGGCGUCGACAGCCGGAUAGCAGGCGCUGCCGCCGCCGAGGCACAGUUUCGAUGGCUUGGCGGCAGGUUCAUGGAAGCCACCGGGGGAUUUGUAGGCACUCUUUCACCAAGAAUGCCAGGGGAACCGGACUUUUCUGCGGUGUUGCACCGAGCAACGGUAGAGAGCCCUGCACCUGUCGAGGAGCCAGAAAUAGACUAUGAAGGACUGCCUCACGAAGCAGCCACCAGCACUCACAUGCUGGCAGGAGCCGUGGCUGGAAUCAUGGAACACUGCCUAAUGUAUCCCAUCGAUUGUGUCAAGACCCGUAUGCAGAGUUUGCAUCCUGAACCAGGAGCACGCUACAGGAAUGUGAUGGAUGCCCUGCGACAGAUCGUGCGGACUGAAGGUGUGUGGCGGCCAAUCAGAGGCGUGAACGUGCUGGCGGUUGGUGCUGGGCCCGCCCACGCGCUCUAUUUUGCCUGCUACGAGAAGAUCAGAUUUUCACUCAACGAUGCAAUUCACCCCGGGGCUAACAGCCACUUUGCUAAUGGAGUGGCAGGCUGCAUGGCCACGGUGCUGCAUGAUGCCAUCAUGAACCCAGCUGAAGUUGUGAAGCAGCGAAUGCAGAUGUACAACUCACCUUAUCGCAGUGUGUUAGAAUGUAUGGGCUCGUUACUGAGGCGCGAGGGCCCGGCUGCCUUCUACCGCAGCUACACCACCCAGCUGACCAUGAAUGUGCCCUUCCAGGCGCUCCAUUUCAUGACCUAUGAGUACCUCCAGGAGCUCCUCAACCCCCACAGACAGUACAACCCUUCCUCCCAUGUCGUGUCAGGCGCACUGGCUGGAGCUGUGGCUGCUGCAGUCACAACUCCCCUCGAUGUCUGCAAGACCCUGCUCAACACGCAGGAGGUUCAGGCCAUUCACGUGGUCCAGGCAGAGGCGGCAACUGCAGCCGGAGCAGCCGGCGCCACAGCAGCCCCCAUCAGCCGACACAUUGCUGGCCUGGGCGAGGCUUUUCGGACGGUGUACAGGAUGGGUGGCAUGCCAGCUUUCUUUAAGGGUGUCCAAGCGCGUGUCAUCUACCAGAUGCCCUCAACUGCCAUCAGCUGGUCCGUGUACGAGUUCUUCAAAUACGUCAUCACCAAGAGGCAGCACGAGAGACGUCUGCGUGGAGACCGUGAUGGAGACAAAUAAUCACCCGGCAGUUAACCCACCAUUUUGAUCAUUGGCAUCAGUAUCUCAUAUAAUUUGACCAAUUUAUUUAAAAAAAUCCACAUAAUAUUAGAUUAUUUGAGCAAAAGUCUGCUUUGUCUUGGUAACUAAGAUCAAAAGAACACAGUUUCUAGUUCAUAGCAUGCCAACAACUCUUAAAUUAUAUGUGGUCCUUCAGCAGACUUCCAUGGCUCACAGGAAAUCUUGCUUCCAUGAACCUUUAAAAUCUAAGUCUAGUCUACUCCCCAUGUUUGCUUUCUCGGCGCGAAUAAUUAACGUAGGGUAACCUUGAAAGUAAAAUUUGUCAUGGUCUAAUUUCCUCUUUAUCACCUAGAGUGCAAUUACGUAUUUAGACAUUUUUGUUUUGAUGCUAUCCUGAUCCACAGCAUGUGGAAAAACUCUGAGGUCAAAGUUUAAACUUAAACGUGAUGCUGUUAUUUAUAAACAAGUUCCAGUUCACAGUAACACAUUUUCAGCAAAGUCUAUCAACAAAAAUGUAUCUGUGAGCUGGUCAUCACCACUACUCCUUUAUUUAACCAACCACGUGUUGAAAAGUAUUAAACAGUUUCACCUUCUGACCAUAGGGGGUGCACUCGUUAAAGCCACUGAUGGCAGUGGCAAUGAGAUAUGUCAGCUACCAUUUGACGAACAAAAUUUUCAUUGCUGCUAUUAGUGUUGCCCUCCCUCUUACUGUCUCUUUGUGGAUAUCUGCCUCCUGAUUGGUGAAUAUGUCACUAAGCAAACAUGCUAGAUCAGUGAUAUUAGUAUGAAUUUAGAACUCUUUAUCUGGAGGAUUUCACUGACAACUUCAACAAUGGAAACACAGACAGAUGGAUUUUACAGAAUCUGCCAUAUUGGAUUAGUUUGCAUUAACUAUAUAAACAUAGACCAAGGAUCAUAACAACAUUCCUUGUCUGUGUUGGCCCCUGUUCAUAUUUUUGUUUCCCUUAUUUGUUUUUAAUAUAAUAAUAACUUUAUUAAAACAGCACCUUUUGGAGCAGUCUUUGCAUUUUCGUCACAAUGAGACAAAAAAUCAAGAAAAGCAAAGGAAGCAUAAAAAUACAUAAUGUAAAAUCUAAAAUGUCAAAUAAUAUAUUAUUAUUAAUAAUAAAUAGAGCAGUUGGGGUCCUCACACUGUGUGUGCUCUAACCUUAAUGAGGUCUUUAAUAUCCAUGCAUGUCUUCAUGGCUUCACGUCUCUGGUUGUAGCAGUGAAACGCGUUUACAUGACUGCUUAGUGAUGCUCAUAGAUUUAAAUUCAGAUCAGUUUGUUUUCUGAAAACAUAAAUAGAAAAAAAAAAUCCAAGUUCUUGGUUUAACAAAAUAGUAUAAUUUCAACAAACCUGAAGUAUUCAUAUUGUUGAUAAAGUGAGAAACCUUUCCUGGCAUUUCUGUGUCUGGUUCUCAUCAUGGAAGGAUGGAAGGAAAACAUUCAUUCUCAUUCACUUUUAAGUUUUAUUGCAUCCUAGCACUUAUCAUUUUAAGGACAUAAUCUACUUCUGAUAGCUGCCAUACGUCUGACGCACAACUCCUCCAAGGAGAUUCUCAGAUAUACAGAGAAUAUGUUUAAAAGCCAUAAAACAGGAAACAUACACAUAUAUAUUAUAUGUAUGUAAAUAUAGAUUAAUCCAAAAAAAAAAACUAACCAGCUAAGUUUCUUUUCCAAGACCAUGCUGUAAAAAAAUGCUGGUAUUUGUAGAAUGCGCACAACAUCAUUACGUAGAAGGAAGCAAAAAAAGAAAACCUGGAUUAUUUUAAAUGCACAUAGACCGUGUGCAUGUGUUUGGUUGAGGGGGGGUGUUGGAGUAUUUUAGAAGGACGCUCUGGUGUGUUCCUCUUGUUAGGCCAAGUUUCUAUAGUGCGGCAACUAAAGAGUGAGAGCAACAGGGAAGAGGAAGUGUUGGGUUUGUCAGAGGACGACACUAAUGUGAAACACUGUAAAAGUGACACCUGUAUUUUGUGAAUUGUAAAUAAACUCGCUAAGGCAGCUCCUCGCAGACGCAGGGUCUUCUCUUGGUGCUGGCUCUCCAAGUGCUGAGAGAAAAGUUA